AUGGACAAAUACAAGCAGACAUUCGCAACGCUCAUCAACUCUCCUGUCAAUGAAGAUAUACCCGGUCCGAUUCUCGACAGGUCCCUCUCUUCUACACCCUUCGUACCUUUGAAAGGCGCAUUCAACACUCGAGACAUUGGCAUUAAGCCAUACCUUCAGCCGGGCUUGAUCUACCGGUCUGGCUCACUCGCUGGCCUGGGCGAUGAAGGAAAAGACCAUCUCACAGCUACGCUAGGCGUCCAGACCGUAUUUGACUUUCGGUCUGCAGGCGAGCGUAAUGCAUUUCCAUUUCCCAGCAUUGAGGGCGUUCAGAUCUUGUCGCUCCCAUCUGACUCGCCGGCUGCGGCCAACUUGGAGAUAUCAGACUUUGUGAGCCUUGAAAGCGACACGAAUUAUUGGGAGGGCGGAUGUCGCGGUUGGAGCAAAGAAUACCAACGAAUUCUUACUCUCUACAAGCAACCCUUUCGAAAGGUCCUGGAGCAUCUGCUGAACAACCCAGGAGUGCCUAUUCUCUUCAACUGUACAGCAGGGAGAGACCGCACUGGCGUGCUGGCGGCCUUACUACUCUCCCUGGCAGGCGUGCCAGACGAGCACAUUGCCUUUGAAUAUGCUCUCUCUCGAGUAGGUGUUGAAGUUCAGAAAAACUUCCUGGCUGCACUGGUCAAAAAAUGGAAGCCAGAGUGGACAGAAGACACUCCCGGAAUUGAGCAGUUCAGCAAUACCAGGGCUGAGUAUAUGGAAAGAUUCCUCCAGGAUAUUCGGAAUGUUUAUCAUGGUGAAGAGGGAGGCGACUGGGGGGAGAUCUACGCAUUACACGGGCUUGGCUUCACCAUGGAUGAAGUGCAGAAGAUUCGCAACAACAUCAAGGGCCAAUGA